AUGCCGGCUCUCGAUGCUCAGAACCCAGGCGUCUCUGCCGUCGCCAAGUUCGGCUCGUUAUUGGAUCAGCUUCUUGCUGAGGCUGCCGUCGUGAAAUCGGCAGCCACAAUCGAACCCACGCUCAACAAGUCGGAUUUCAAGGACAUUUCUGGUCGUGUAUGGGCCUGCGUCUCCAGUGACUCUGCCCCCGGGAACGACGAACAAGUCUCUGGGCUUCAGACACAUGAGAAAGCAAAGCAAUCCGCUGUCAUCGAGGCAGCCUCGCGGGACCUAUUUAGCAGACUGAUAGCUGCGACAUCUAUCGAAUCGCCUGAUUUUGUCAAGAUUUGGAACCUUCUUGACAUUCUUUCAAUAUUGUCCGACGACGGCCAAUGCGAUCCCGCGCUGCUCUUUUGGCUCGUCGAAGAGCUCCUCGACAGCCAGACCAUUUCGGGGUGUCGCAUAGUGUUUGAUUAUCUCGAGUCACGCCGUGAACGCAUCAUGUCCAAACAUUUUAAGCAAAAAAAUCUCGUAGUUCUGCGCAGCUGCAAUGAACUCUUGCGUCGCCUUUCGAGAGCUGAGGAUACGGCCUUCUGCGGACGGGUAUUCAUCUUCUUAUUUCAGAGUUUUCCCCUGGGCGAUAGAAGCUCUGUCAAUCUCCGAGGAGAAUAUCACGUGGAAAAUGUCACUGCUUUUGAGGAGCCGACGGAGGAGGAUGAGCAGCAACAGCAAGCGCUGAAGAUGGAGGUCGACGCUUCUAAGCGCUCGCAAAAGCUGUACGAUUCCAACCGCCUCUAUACACUAUUUUGGUCUCUCCAGGAGAGCUUCAGUCAGCCACUCAAACUAUUUGACGCUACACAUUUCAACAAAUUCAAGAGCAGUCUAGAGAUUACCAUACAGGCUUUCCAGGCCAUUCAUCAAGCCGAAGGCCCAUCCAAGGCUUUGGAAAAUUCAAGAAGAAACCUCAAGCGAAAAAGAGAGGAUGGGGGGCCCGAGGACGCUUCGGAAGCAUUCAAUCCAAAGUACUUGACCAGCAAAGAUCUGUUUGAGCUUGAAAUUAGCGACCUCUCAUUCAGACGGCAUGUCUUGGUACAGGCGCUCAUCAUUACCGACUUUCUUCUGUCGCUCUCCACAGAAACAAAGGAGAAGUUUGCCAGCCUGGACAAUACUAGCCCAAACAAAUCAGUCCUGUACAAUGAUCAGCUGAGCGAGGAAAAUACGAAAUGGGCAACUGAAAUGAAGUCAACCAUAUCAGACUACCUUAAGAGGGGCAUUGACGGACCUUACUUCUAUCGCAUGGUCGAGACCGUACUGGCUCGAGACAAGAACUGGGUAUUCUGGAAGAUGGCGUCCUGUUCAUCCAUUCAGUGCGAACCUGUUUCUCCCGAGCUUUUUGUUCAAGCAAGGAGCGUGGCGCAAAAGAUAGCCACCAGCAAACGGCUGCGACCGACGCCCAUGGGGUCUGUAUCCCUCGACUUUCUCCGCGAAAUUGACGAUGAAUCUUCCCUGAAUCAGCUCAAGACGCCUGGGAGAUAUCGACUACCAGAACUCGAAAGCUUUCAAAGAAAAAUUGCCGAUGACGACUUUGAAAUCGAGAUGCCAACAAACGACCAAACAAAGGCCGCCGCCAUAGCUGGCAAGGCCAGCAAGAGUUGGCGGGCUCUCAGAAUAGCGGCUCGCUCAAAAUUGGCAUCCUUUGACAAGAUUGACGACUCCAAGAAGGUGGACGUUGUCUUCAAGGAGCUCCAAGAUGAAGAUCAAGACGUCGACGUCGACGACGACGAGCAGGCAGCGACCGAGGACGACGUGCCCGAAGAUCGCAGCCCCGUCAUCAUAUCCGGGCCCAAAGGCGUCGGCAAGUCAGCCCUUGUCAAAAAGCUCCUCGAGCAGCACAAAGGUGUCUUUGCAGCGGUCGUACGACACACGAUUCGAGAGCCCGCAGAGGGUGAAAUCAGGGGCAAGAGUUUCCACUUUGUCACUGCCCAGGAAUUCAACCAGCUACGCGACGGCGAUCGCUUCAUCGAGUACGGGACCAGAGACGGCAUCGAGUACGGCACAAGCAGCAAGGUCGUUGAUGCGGUCGCAGAGUCUGGCAAAGUCGCCGCCGCCCAAUUUGCCAAGGACUUGGGCUUUGCAGCCCGCUACGUCCUCAUCAAGCCCCCAGCUACCGAAGCAUACCAAGCCCGCCUCUCCUCCGCCGGGUACGACGACCCCGUCAUCGAGGGCAUUCUGUCCAGACUCCCCGAUGAGUUGGAUGAUUCUAAAAUCUCGGCACUUUUCGACGUGACGCUCGCCAACGAAGAGGGGUUAGAAGACGUCGCCAAGUCUCUGGGUCAGUACAUCUUUUCAAAGAGAAACCAGGCCGAUGGGGACGAGAGCAAACGCGGAGCAGGGGAAUAUUCUUCAGGGGGACAGGAUUCGCAGGGAGAUGAGGCUGCUUCGACCACAGUGGCAGCCACGUCUGCUGGGACCGAAGCUGACGCUGCCGAGGACGAGAGCAUGGUGGAUGUCCCCGCGAACAAGACGGGCCGGAAAUAA